AUGGCUGAAAUCGCUGUUACUGCAGUCCUCACUGUGCUGUGUGAGAAGCUGAUCUCCGGUGACUUGAUGAAGCUGGCUCGAUCGGAAGGAAUCGAUUCUCAACUGAAAAAAUGGAAGAAAAACAUGUCCCUGAUCCAAGCCGUGCUUACUGAUGCAAGCCAGAAGCAGAUAAAAGAGAGGGCUGUCCAACUGUGGGUGAACGAUCUCCGGGAUUUGGCUUACGACAUAGACGAUGUACUCGAUGAUUUGGCCACAGAAGCUCUGCGACGCAAGUUGAAUCGAGAAACUAGUGCCAACAGCAGCACUAGUAAUGUAUUGAAAUUUGUCCCAAAUUGUUGUACUAAUUUCACUCCUCACAACAUUAUGUAUGGUCAGAAGAUGAGUUCUAAACUAGAUGAGAUCACCACCAAAUUGCAUGACCUUGUUGACCAGAAAAAUGAUUUGGGUUUGAAGGUGAAUGUUGAAAGGUCAAAUAUUACAGAGAAACGGUUGGAGCAAAAUUCACUGGUUGAUGAGUCCAAAAUCAUGGGCCGGGAAGGGGAUAAAGAGGCAUUGAUGGGGAAGUUGUUGGGGGAAGAAGAAUGUGAUGAAAGUGUGAGCAUAAUGUCAAUAGUUGGUAUGGGUGGAAUAGGCAAAACCACUCUUGCCAAACUUUUAUACAAUGAUGAGAAAGUGAAGGAUCACUUUCAACUCAGAGCAUGGGUUUGCGUUGCUGAAGAGUUGGAUGUAUCUAACAUUAGCAAGGCUAUUUUCCAAGCAGUAACUGGGAAAAAUGAAGAUUUUGCUAAUCUUGAUCUGCUUCAUGUUGCCCUCAAAGAAAAACUUUCAAAGAAGAGGUUCUUACUUGUUUUAGACGAUGUCUGGAAUGAAGACUACAGUAAGUGGGAACUCCUCCAGAGCCCUCUUCUUGUAGGGGCACCUGGAAGUAGAGUUAUUGUCACAACCAGGAGUAUCAGGGUUGCAUCAGUGAUGGACUCGCAAGAAACUUACCCUCUAGGCGUUUUGUCAAAUGAAGAUGCACUGUCAUGA